AUGUUCUCCUUACACGCAACUCUCGUUCUGGGUCUCUGUAUCUUUUUACCAAGCUUAACCUUCGCAGAGGAACAUCCACCUCAGAGUGCACAUGUGUAUUGGCGUUGGAAAGAUGAAGGGAAUUCUGACGCCAAAGACAGCAGUCUCUUCACCGGUCACGCUAAUAUCACAUGGACUAGAAAAGCAGGAUGUGAGAUGUCAGGGCCUGCGAGUAAUUUCCGAUUCUUUGUCUCUCCUACCGCUCGUGUGCAUGUCGAAGCAGAGACCAAGAACAAAAGUAAAGAUUUUAUGGAUCCCAAGAGUGUUUAUCAUUGGCCUCAUGCUAGAGAUACCUCUGGUAGUACAAAGUGUAAUGCGUAUUCGAGGACUGAUUUUUGGAUUCACAAUGGAAAUCGAACACAGAAGAUGAGGAUCCGAUUGCCCGAUAUCUGUAAUGAUCAUGAUUGCAAAGGUCCAGAUCAAGAGAUACCAAAUGUUCAAUGUUUGAAUGGUCCAAAAGGAAGGGUUGUCAUGUACCUUGACAAAUGGAUCGAUGAAUGCUUCGAACGUUGA